CCGCCCUUUUUAAACCCACCAUCACUGCCAAUUUCGCCUCCCCACCACCACCACCACCACGGCCACGGCCACGGCCACGCGAGCGGCGAGAGCGUUCAGGUAGCUGAGCUAGCUAGCUCGCUACGGCACGGCGCGAAGCGAGACGCCGCGCCACGCGUUGUUCCUGGGAGGAGUGCAAGCAGGGAGGCGCCGGAGCUAGGGGGGAGGCGGUGUUUCGGGAGAUGGGGUCGUCCACGGACCACGGCGGGAGGGCCAAGAAGGGGUCGGGGUCGCAGCUGUGGAAGAAGGCGCUGCUGCAUUCCAGCCUGUGCUUCGUCAUGGGCUUCUUCACGGGGUUCGCGCCGUCGUCCGUGUCGGACUGGACGUCGGCGGCCGUCGCGGCGGGAGGGGUCGGGAGCAGCCACGUGGUGAGGGCGCUGCACGCGGCGGCGGGCGGGGCCGUCAACCGGAGCCUGCUGGCGCAGGACGCGGGCGUGGCCGCGGUGGACGCCGGACCGCAGCCGCUGCUGGUGGUGGUCACGACGACGGAGUCGACGCCCCCGGCGGCCGGGCAGCGCGCGGCGGCGCUGACGAGGAUGGCGCACACGCUGCGGCUGGUGCCGGCGCCGCUUCUGUGGGUGGUGGUGGAGGCCGCCUCUGACAUGCCGGCCACCACGCAGCUGCUUCGCACCACGGGGCUCAUGUACCGCCACCUGACGUACAAGGACAACUUCACCGCCGCCGACGCCGCCGCGGGCAAGGAGCGCCACCACCAGCGCAACGUCGCGCUCGGCCACAUCGAGCACCACCGCCUCGCCGGCGUCGUCCUCUUCGCCGCCCUUGGCGACACGUUCGACCUCCGCUUCUUCGACCAGCUCCGGCAGAUCAGAACAUUCGGCGCGUGGCCGGUGGCAAUGAUGUCCCAGAACGAGAGGAAGGUGGUCGUCCAUGGCCCGGCGUGCAGCUCCUCCAGCGUCGCCGGCUGGUUCGCCAUGGACCUCAGCAACGCCACCUCCCCCGGCGCCGGCGCCGGCGAGGCGAGGCCGCUCGAGCUGGACGUCCACGGCUUCGCGUUCAACAGCUCUGUGCUCUGGGACCCCGAGCGGUGGGGCCGGUACCCGACCUCCGAGCCCGACAAGUCCCAGGACUCGGUGAAGUUCGUACAGCAAGUAGUCCUGGAAGAUUAUAGCAAAGUGAGGGGCAUUCCUUCAGAUUGUUCAGAGGUCAUGGUGUGGCAUGUCAACACGACGCCGGUGCCUUCUUCGCAACCGUCUCCUCAGAACAAGAGGUGAUAGCAGGAUAAGUUGUAGAAGAGACUGGACGAGCCGAAUCAGAAGAGGGUGUACAUUGUACAUGCAUGGUUAUACCGGGAAGCUGCUGAUUUCCUACUAGCUGCAAAGAAGAAAAAAUUUUGGUUUUCUUUCCCGGGGAUUGGAUUAAUCUGUCUCCCAUGGGCAAUAUCAUCAUAAUGUACAUUUUUUUUUACUAUUCUUUCAAAAUUGUGAUAUAUGUAUAAUCUCUUUUUUUUUCUCCAAGAAGGUUUAGGUGAUUACACAACACCCCUCAGGAGUGUCUUUCGAGAGAGACACUAAAAUGAAUAGUUAAAAAUCCACUUACAAUGAAAAAGAAGCGUGCUUUCUGCU